CUUCUUUGACAGUCACAAGCUCACCACACAAAAAAGUAGAAGCACUGUUUUCUCACACAAUUCCAUAAAGAAUAACCUCUCAAACUCACACACAUCCAUCUAACUUCAACUUCCUCAUCCUCACAACUCACAAUCCUCCUUCCUUUUCCUUUACUUUUUCUUACAUACAUUCAUGCCAAAGGAGGUAAGUGAUUGGGUUUUAAGCUGUUAAAAUAGCAAGGAAGGUGCAAAAUGGCUUCAGUUGGUGUGGCACCAACAUCAUCAGGCUUGAGAGAAUCCAGUGGUGUUGAUAGGUUGCCAGAGGAGAUGAAUGAUAUGAGAAUUAGGGAUGAUAAAGAAAUGGAAGCCACCGUUGUCGAUGGUAACGGAACAGAGACCGGACAUAUUAUUGUUACUACCAUUGGGGGUAGAAAUGGUCAACCGAAGCAGACUAUAAGCUAUAUGGCAGAGCGGAUUGUUGGACAUGGAUCAUUUGGGGUUGUCUUCCAGGCUAAAUGCUUGGAGACUGGUGAAACUGUGGCUAUCAAAAAAGUUCUUCAAGACAAGAGGUAUAAAAACCGGGAGCUGCAAACAAUGCGCCUUCUUGACCACCCAAAUGUUGUCUGUUUGAAGCAUUGUUUCUUUUCAACCACCGAAAAGGAUGAACUAUACCUUAAUUUGGUACUGGAGUAUGUUCCCGAAACAGUUAAUCGUGUGAUCAAACAUUAUAACAAGUUGAACCAACGGAUGCCUCUGAUAUAUGUAAAACUCUAUACAUACCAGAUCUUUAGGGCACUCUCUUAUAUUCAUCGUUGCAUUGGAGUCUGCCAUCGGGAUAUCAAGCCUCAAAAUCUAUUAGUUAAUCCACAUACUCACCAGGUCAAAAUAUGCGACUUUGGAAGUGCAAAAGUCUUGGUAAAAGGCGAACCAAAUAUAUCGUACAUAUGCUCUAGAUAUUAUAGAGCACCUGAGCUUAUAUUUGGAGCAACUGAAUAUACUACAGCUAUUGACGUUUGGUCAGUUGGUUGUGUAUUGGCUGAGCUUAUGCUUGGACAGCCCUUGUUCCCUGGUGAGAGUGGAGUUGAUCAGCUUGUUGAGAUCAUCAAGGUUCUGGGAACUCCAACAAGGGAAGAGAUAAAGUGCAUGAAUCCUAACUAUACAGAAUUUAAAUUCCCACAGAUUAAAGCACAUCCAUGGCACAAGAUCUUUCACAAGCGCAUGCCUCCAGAAGCUGUUGAUUUAGUAUCAAGACUACUACAAUACUCCCCUAACUUGCGGUGCACAGCUUUAGAUGCCUUGACCCAUCCUUUCUUUGAUGAACUUCGUGACCCAAACACUCGCUUGCCAAAUGGUCGUUUCCUUCCACCAUUGUUCAAUUUUAAAUCUCAUGAAUUGAAGGGAGUCCCAGUUGAGAUUUUGCUGAAAUUGAUUCCAGAACAUGCAAGGAAGCAGUGCCCGUUUCUUGGCUUGUGAUAUUGUGAAAAAUGUAACAAAACUGCAAUAGUGUCGUUCCCAUAUGAAUGUUCCGUUAUGUAUCCUUCUUGUAUUUCGGUGCCUAGUAAAAACUGAUUUAGAGAUAUAUGGUUACUCAAUAUUACCCAACACUCGAUGGGUAUUCAGAAAAAAGCCGUGUUUCCUGUUUAACAGAAGGUUGUAAACAUCGAAUAGAAGACAAGUGUCAUGUUAAACCGGUGUUGGUGUUUGUGAAUACAAUGAUGGGUGGUUGGCUAAUUUAGUUUUGCUCUGCAUUGGAAACUCAAUUGUCUUUGUGGCUAAUCUUUAGCGAAAUAACGAGACAUAGUCAACGAGAGUGCAGUUUGCAAGUC